AUGGAUGAGGUGUCAUCACAGGUCUCAGGUCUGUCGAGGCUGAGUGCAAAGUCAGUUUACUUGCAAAGGCAGGAGUACGCAGUGUCUAUAAACAAGAUGAUGAACAAAUUUCAGUACAGAGUGGAGCACUUGUUCACUUGUGACCUGGAUGGGAAGGAUUUGAAAAACGUAGGUGACUGUGUGGAGCGUCUGAAGCUGCUGGACGGGAUGGGUCGUGUGUGGGGUCAGAACAUGCAGCUGGAGGUGCGGGGUGUCAACCUGCUGCUGACAGACACCGAAACCAAGGAGGAGCUGGAGUCCAUGGCCCUCAGCGACAUCCUGGAGCUAAAGGCUGUGCUGGACACCGGAGUGUUUAACUCCCUGCUCACUAUGUCAGUACAACCCGGGAGAAAAAAGACCACCACUGUCUUCAUGUUCCAGUGCGAGGAAGUCAGGGCUGACUACGUUCAAAGGGAUCUGUCACGAGCACUGUCACGCAGGCGAGAGGAUCCAAGCUUCAGCAGCAGAGCGGGACUUAUAGCUGCUCAUGAAGGACUGAAAAACCAUCGUAAUGCUGCGACAACCCCUGAACCCAAAGAGCAGAGCCCUGCACUUCACCCAGUGCCCCUGUGGACGUCUCCUGACUAUGAAGAGGAUGACGUGAGCGACGAUGAGCCUGAACUGCUCGUACCUCAGGAGGAAGAGGAGGAGGAUGAGGAGGAGCAGGGGGGUUCACCUUCUAGAGAGGAGGUGCCAUCACCACAGCCCCCCAGCACUGAAGAAAAAUACUUGCCUCCUCCACAACAGUACACAGAGCUGAACAGGAGUGUGGAUAUCUUGAAUCAUAUUCUAACUGACAUUGAAAUCUUCAUGGGACAAGUAGCUGCAGUAGCAGCUAAAAAUGCAAAGAAAAAGAAGAAGAAGAAGAAAGGAAAAGUCCUGGACGGCAUGCCCCCUACAGAAGAAUUUGCAGGAUGUCUCCAUAAAAUCAAAUGUGGUUUCAACCUUCUGGGCGAGCUCAAUGGCAGGAUUAAUAAUCCCAGUGCUGCUGAAUUUGUUCACUCCCUCUUCUCCACAUUAGCAUUCGUCAUAACUCACUGUCCUGAGCAUCUGCCACCCAGCAUUGUGGCUCCAUUGCUGACGCCUCAGUGUAUCCGUCUCAUGAGUGAAGAGGCGUCCUCAGAGGAGGACCGGCUGUGGCAGUCUCUCGGAGACGCCUGGAACAUCCCCAGUACCAAAUGGCCGGAGGAUGACGAGGACAUCCCAACAUACACUCUGGAGUUCUCUGACGGCUGGCAGCCGCCUGAGGUAACUGCAGCAACUGCACUCAGUGAACCUGUGAGCAGACAGGAGACUCCACAACCUUCACACGGCCAGACUUCAGCCAAGUGGACACCACCACAUCGUCCACAAAAAGCACGCUCAGGUGAGUCAGAACCACGUCGCAUGUGUGUUAUGUAUGACUUCAUUUCAAGAAACCACAGAGAGCUCACCGUCAGAAAAGGAGAAAUAGUCGAGCUGCUAGACACAGCGAAGCAGUGGUGGAAAGUGAGGAACAGCACGGGGGAGGAGGGCUUCGUACCCAAUAAUGUCCUGGAGGCUCAUGACGAACAACCUGAGGAGCGACAUCAAGGGUCUCCUGUCCUAACGAAGAAGUCCAAGCCUGCAGAAGUGAGAGCCUGGCUGGAAGACAAAGACUUUAGUAAAAUCACUGUACGCUGCCUGGGCGUGCUGAGCGGCUCUACUCUCCUGGGGAUGACCAGAGAGGAACUGAAGACGGUGUGUCCUGAAGAAGGAGGACGAGUCUUCUUCCAGUUACAAGCAGUCAAGUCUGCCUUGGCUGCUGCCAAUUAAGUGAGACCAUCGAGAUGAGGAUCGAAGGAGGAGGAAUCAUG